AUGGAUCUCUACAGACUACUGCUGUCAGCUCUCCUGUCGAUAUGCAGCAACCUGCUGGUCACCAGCGCCUGGUCGGUGAAUAAUUUCCUGAUGACGGGCCCCAAGGCCUACCUGACCUACGCCGGCAGCGUCCAGAGCGGCGCGCGGAAAGGCAUCGAGGAGUGUAAACACCAGUUCUCGUGGGACCGGUGGAACUGCCCCGAGAGCGCGCUGCAGCUCUCCACACACAGUGGCGCACGAGGAGCCACGAGAGAGACCGCGUUCGUGCAUGCCAUCAGUGCCGCGGGGGUGAUGCACGCGCUCACCAAGAACUGCAGCAUGGGCGAGCUGAGUCACUGCGGCUGCGACGACUCCAACAUCGGCAAGAUGGGGGGGCGCGGCUGGAUGUGGGGCGGCUGCAGCGACAACGUGGACUUCGGCGAGAACAUCAGCAAGCAGUUCGUGGACGCGCUGGAGAACGGCCACGACGCACGCGCCGCUGUCAACCUGCACAACAACGAGGCCGGACGACAGGCUGUUCGGGCCACCAUGAAGCGCGCGUGCAAGUGCCACGGCGUGUCGGGAAGCUGCAGCAUUCAGACCUGCUGGAUGCAGCUCGCGGACUUCCGGGAUGUCGGUAACUACCUGAAGGUCAAGCAUGACCAGGCGCAGCUGCUGGAGAUGGACAAGAGGCGCGUGCGAGCCGGCAACAGCGCGCGCGCAAACGCAGGCAACGUGGCCACGGCAACAACCGACAACCACAGCAACGGCAACCGCGGGGGCAUUCUGGCCGAGGCCUUCACCACCGUCGCGCGCUCUGAACUCAUCUACCUAGAGAGCUCGCCAGACUACUGCGCGCGGAACCUGAGCCUCGGCCUCCACGGCACCGAAGGGCGCGAGUGUCUGCAGAGCGGCGACAAUAAUAAUCUGAAUCUCUCGCAGUGGGAGAAGCGCAGCUGCAGGCGCCUCUGUCACGAGUGCGGCUACCGCGUGGAGCAGCGUCGCGUGGAGACCUCCAGCAGCUGCAACUGCAAAUUCCACUGGUGCUGCACGGUCACGUGCGAUACCUGCACUCAGGUGGUCACCAAAUACUAUUGCGCGCCGCGACGCAACAAAGGGCGCAAGUCAAAGAACGGCAGCACGAGAAGGAGACACCAUCGCAAUAGGAAACAUUGAGUUGGUGGACUGUGAAAAAAAAGACUUUUAGGGUUCUGUGAACUCGCAAUUAAAAUCAAAUGUACUUAUAACUUUAUGUAACUUAUUGUUUACAUAAUCCAUCUGAUUUCCACAGUUGAGCCUGGUGUUCAGACAAGACCUCAGCUGCAGAACUCAUUGUGAUGUACUUCCCUUCUCUCUGACACGCACUGCACGACGGACCAGCGAAGAGAGAUUAGGCAUUUAUUUAUUUAUUUCACUCCUGUGCCAAAGUUGUCUUCUGUUUCACGACGA